GUCAAGGGCCGAUGUGGAGGCAGCAGCAAAGCAGGAGUGGCGUGCUGUCGAGGCAUUUGACAGACUUGCCGACGUGUCCAAGGAGCUGGAGCAUGUUAAGUCGCUGGCAGCGGCAGAGCGUAGCCGACACGACGAGGCGCUCGCAGCAGCUGCCGCUUAUGCCGAGCGGAGGCUGGCCGCUGCCGAGCGCCAGGAAGCGGCGCUGGCAGCGCAGCUCCAGAGCGCUGCGGCUGCGAGGGAAUCUGCGGACAGUCGACUGGCGCUGGCUGAGGCGAAGAUCGCCACAGCAGCAUCCGUCGAAAGGUGCGUGGAAGACGAUAAGCUUGAGGCGAAGUUGGCGGAAGCUGCAUCGGCUCGGGACAGGGUGGCUACAGAGCUCGCCGAUGCGCGGGAUUUGUCGGCCUCCCUUCGCCGCGAGAUGCGGGAGGAGGCCAGGGCCAAGCAACGCGCGGAGGAGCGCCUGGAGCAGGCCGAAGAGCUCGGCCGAGCUUUGAGCUCCAAAUCGGCU